AUGUCUGACUUCUCUCGCUAUUUCCUUUAUUGGACGGUCAAAACUUUGGCAAAAAAGGUUUCCGUUAGUAAAAUAUGUUUUACAGACGUGAUUUUCAGCACUAUCGACAUCUACUAUUCUCUUUUACCCUGCACACCCUGAUCUACUUCCUCCUGCACAUGUGCUUUGAACCUCGAGACCUUGCUCAAGCCUACCUCGCUGACAUUCUUGUCCUUCUCCUUGCUGCCUUCGGAACUGCUCGCAAACUUCCGCUGCUCAUUUUCCCCAGUAUUGUUGUCAAGGUACCCACAUUUUGCACUGGAAACAUUUUCCACGUUCCCCAAUGUUCCAGUUCAUAUGUUUCUCUUUGUGCGCCGGCGUUGCAAUGUUGUCUUUGAGUGAAACAAGUAUCAACAUGAAGACGAAGGAGGCGAGGAUGGAGUUCCGACGGCAGCGGAAUUACCCCGAGGUUGUAAACUCCACUUUCGAGGAUCAUCCGACCGUUUGCAUCUGGAUUCAUGCGUUGGCCGUUGUUGUAGCCUUAGAUCUCAACAUGGGAUUGAAGGCCUUUUACAGCUCCUUUGAUUGCAUGAAAAAACCGAAGACCGAAGAGGAGGUCAGUGAGAAAAAAAUGCAAAAUUUAUUGACCGAUCUGAAAACUUUAUUAAAACGGAAUUUUAGACUUUCACAAUGGCACAGUGUUUCAGAAACCACCAUCCUACUCAGUAUGUAUGACUGCUGCUUCUCAAUCCGCAUCUCUCCCGAGUUACGACGAGGCAAUCCAAGCUCUUCAGAACCAGCCUCAGCUCUUUCCUGCACGGAAAAACUUGGCAGUUCAUGUUGUCUGA